UCCCCGAGCUGUGUGAGCCUACGGGUGAUGUUAUGAACCCAGACACCAGGGCGUUAGAUGUUCCGACGUUUAUGGGAUGUCCACAACAAGUGGAUACCUCCAUGUUCAUUUAUAAACUGUACACACAGAAUUUACUCUAAACCCUCAUUUGCAUCAUUCGGAACACUGUGACGUCACAGACUGUGACUUCAUAGAACCCGUCAUAAAAGGCACAAUAGAACGCUCGGUGCCAGCUCCCAUAUAUAAACUCCAGCCUUCCAGCAACAAACACUAUUUUUGUUAGAAAAGUCUUCAUCAGUCUUCAGGUGUAAUGGGGAAAGUAUUAGGAAAACACUUCUACGCUGAGGAGGACAUCGUCCCUGGAGGAAGGAAUAGAGAAGAAUCACAAGAUGGGGAAAGCCCACAGAGCAGGCACCUGGACCCCAACCCCUGUGAAGAUGAGUUGCCGUCCAGCUCCGUCCCUGGGCAAAAAAAGAGGAAAAGAAUAGAAGAUGGGGAAAGCGUACAGAGGGAGAAAAGCAGGAGACUGGACCUCAUCCUGGACCCCAUCCCCCGUGAAGAUGAGUUGCCGUCCAGCUCCGUCCCUGGGCAAAAAAAGAGGAAAAGAAUAGAAGAUGGGGAAAGCGUACAGAGGGAGAAAAACAGGAGACUGGACCCCAUCUCCUGUGAGGAUGAGUUGCCGUCGACCUCAGAGGACACUGAAAGCAGAAACCCACCCGAGGCGGCUCAGAGCGAGAGAAGCGCCGAUGAUGGACCGGUUCUAGACUCGUCAGCCAUGUUUAAGGCCAAGUACCGGCAGCAGAAGAAACUUGGCGAAGGAGGAUGUGGAUGCGUGUAUGCUGGCUAUCGUAGAGAGGAUAAUCUUCCUGUCGCUAUUAAGCAUAUUACCAUAGACGAAAAUCUCCUCCUUCACGAAGACACUGAUGGGCUCCAUAUCCCCAUGGAGGUCGCUGUGCUAAGGAAACUAGAGGCCGAAUCAGAGCGGCAUUCAGCACACGUUGACCUGCUGGACUGGUACAUUGUGGACGAGGAGCUGAUCCUGGUGCUGGAGAGACCGAUGCCGGCCGUAGACCUCUCCAACUACAUUGAAUCCAAAGGAGGCCACUUGAAAGAAAAGGAAGCUUAA